AUGGAAUCCAUCCUAAAAAAGAAGAAUAUAGGUGGAGUCCAUGUUGACAGCGAUACAAUUUCAUGUAUUCAUUAUGAUACCCUUUAUAUUUUCUUAACCGCAAGCGGAAAUAUCAAUGCUUUCGAUGCUUCAAGUGCAUUUUCUUGGAAAUUUCCAAAACACGAUUCAUCUAUUCAAGCAGAUAUCAUCUCCUUAGCUGCAUCUCCAACACACUCGUAUGUUGCUGCAGGAUUUUCUAACGGAAGUUUGCAAUUAUACGAGAUGAAAUCGAAAAAAUGGCUUAAGCCAUAUCCAGGAUUAGUACAAGGUCCCAUCACAGGUUUAGCAUUUAUAAAUGACCAAACAAUGCUUGCUUCUGAUGGAUCCGAAAAUCUUUACAAAUUUACAAUUUCUGCGCAGCUUUGGGGCACAUCUGUUAACAAAAGUCUUUAUUACACAUCCGAUUUCCCAAUAUUAAACAUCAAUCUCCCCUCAAUUUUCGUUCAAGGAAAAUUAAUUGCUCCUGCCUUCCAAAACAUAUCAAUUUUAUCAUGUUCAGGCACUCUAAAGCUCAUGUCAUGCGGUCAUGAAAUUGUAGUUCUAAAAAGUUACGAUGUUUCUGCUCAUAUCAGCGCAAUUUACGUAGUUUCUCCGUCCUUACUUUAUUUCUGCAUCUGUGAACGCAGAAUGAUACGUAUCUUUUCUCUUGAUGACAAGCUCAGCACAGAAGAGAUUUACAAACACGAAAUCGACGUCGACCCUCAAUAUGUUGGAUUUUUAUCACAACAAAUCGUAGUUAUCAUUUCGAAGAAUCUUACAGUCACUGUAGUUUACUUUACAGAGAAUACUUUCAUCAACGAAAAGCUUCCGUCAAAUUCUUUAAUUAUUUCCGGUUUAUCUGAGUUCUACAUAGUAAAUGAAGGCGAUGUCAACUCAAUAUCGCUCUGUACAUACCAGGAUCACUUCGAAAACAUAGUUCAGACAGGAGAUUUUUCAAAAAUUAUUGAUCUUUGCAAGAGAGCUUAUAACGGUGAACCGUCGGUUUCUAUCGGUCUUCCGCCAAACCAGAAGCAACGCGCCGUCAUGAUUGAAAGAAAUCUCAGCGGACAAUUUAAUUAUUUUGCAGAAGAGAAGCUCAAAGCGAAGGAAGACCCAUCAGCUGUAGCCAAAGAGGUCAUCAAACUAUCUGUUGACCUCGGAAUGAGGAGAUGGGCCAUUGAACAUGCAAUUUCGUUAUUUGAUUCUUAUGAAAGCGCCGAACCAUUGUUUAAGCAGAUAAUUGAGAUAGAUACAGAUGCUACAAGGUUUGAGUACUCGUCACAGUUCGUAGAAAGGCUUCUUUCGGAAGAUAUCAAAAUUCCAGAAAAGGAAAACAUCGUUUUUAAGCUUCCAAACAAGGUUGCGAAGACUGAAACACUCCUGAAAUAUGCCCAGAGUAAGAAAGACUACGUUCUUCUGGGCAAUUUACUCAAAAACAGGGUAAAAGACAACACAGCCGCAUUAUCAUCGUAUAUGUUCUCCGGAAACCAUAAGAAAACGAGCGAAUUCCUCAGAGAACUCAUUCAGAACGGCGGCCAUUUCACAAUUCUCGUUAUAAGAUGGUUAUCUGAGAUUUCAUCUCAAAAAACUUUCGACCAUUUGGCAUUUCUACUUGAAGAGGAUAACGACCAGACCAGUUUCAUCGUGUCAAACGUGCUACUCUACCUUGAACGUUAUGCUGCUCCGUUUCCGAUGGAUUAUUUCUUCUCAAUCCUGCUCCAAACACUUUCUAACAUGGGCGAUAAGAUCAACCAGACAGUUAUUUCAACAUGCCUCGACUUUAUCAUUGAUAAAAGAGUCACUGUUGCUCCGGAAAACCUUCAUUUCAUUUUAAAGGUCAUUUUCGACACAAAAUCAACAAACAACAAACGCGAAAAGGCUCUUUUGCAGCUCCUCAACACCCAGAUCGAUUCAAAACUCUUCGAUACGAUGAUAACUUUAUGUGAUGCGUUACAUUUCCAUGAUGCUAAGAUAGAAAUCUUCAUAAAGAUGAAGAGAUUCGAUAAGAUCAUCAAUGAGUUCAUUACUGAGAACAAAACAGGAGUUUUUGACUAUCUCAAGAAAUAUAUCAACGACGAGACAUCGAAUUUCGUCCUGGAUGCACUCAAAAAGAACUCUACAGCCUUAGUUCUUCUCGAUGUAUCCAAAUUCAAGGACCUUCUCUUUGAAAAAUACAAUUCCCAAAUUUUUGAUGUGGUAACAUCGAUUGAAGACCAGUUAAUAUCGAUGUACUUUGUCAGAGAAAUCCUUAACGACUCACGAUCAGAGGGAUUCAAGCUUCCAGAGAAGAUUUUUACGAAAUUCAUAAAUUUCCUAUGCAUUUACUACCCGAGAGAGGUCAUCAAAGAGCUCAAGAGCAUCGACCUCAACCAGGAGAUCCUAGAAAUCUGCUACAAGAACACUGUUUACGACGCGGUAGCUUAUAUCGAGCGACAAUUCCAUCAGUUGACGGACGCCUACGAAGCACUUCAGAAGUACAUUGUUCAGACAAUCAUAGAAUUCAAGAACAAUGCUCCUAUCGCCGAUACAGAGCAAAGUCUGAAUUUUAUUGUAAAUUUCAUAGCCGAUGAGUGCAAAUCGAAGACGCAGGAGUUUGUUGCUGUAGUAGGAGACAUCAUCCGCUCGUUUGCUGUUGUUUUUACCUUUGGAAAAGACGAUAAAUUAUUUUUAGAUUCAUUGAAGAAGAUUUGUUUGUAUCUCUGCAACGUUGUAUCUCAUGGCGUUGUCAUGGCCCACGUGGAGAACGGCUACAAAGACGUGGAUCUUGGAAAAGUUCGAGAUCUCCUCGGAGCUCUGAUUUACGACUUCGAUUUCGUUGUCGACAGCUCUGCGAACAUCCUCACUAUCUACAAGAACGACGAAGAGAAGUCCUUCAACGAUGUGAGACAGACAAUGUCAAAACCGAUAGAAGUUGGCACUUUUUGUAGUUUUUGUCAGAAACCCAUUGUUAAUUCUGAUGUGAGAGUUUUUGGGUGCGGCCACUACUUCCACAGCUACUGCUGCGCCAGGGAGUGCAGAGUGUGCAACCCAACAGCUGUCCCUGUUUCGUCACACGCUCCUUUCUCGAUGGACGUGAAAGUCAGGCUUUUCGAGAGACAUCUAAGGGAAACAAACAUGUUCUACGACGAGGAAGAGCCUGAACACAUGGCUGAUAUAAAACUUAUGAAUUGUGAUGCGGAUCUUUUGAUGAAAGGUCCAAGAGAUGAUGCGGUACCUCUUAAGUAA